AUGAUAAUGCCAGAAGUCACACAUAAAUCAAACAAUAUAGAAGAAGAUGAAGACAAAGCAUACAAUCAAUAUGUAAAUAGUACUGAUAUUCCAGAUGAUCAAAUUAUAGAAUCAAUAUUUUCAGAACGAAAAACUGCCCAUGCUGAAGAUGCCAUCGAUUAUGAAGAUAUAGACGAAUUGGCAGAAGAAGAAGAUGUGAUGGAGGAUCUACCCAGGGAUGAGGCAAUAAAUGGAUUAAACUCAAACAACAACAACAACCACGAUAAAGAUGAUGAUGACGACGAUGAAUUCAAUAGGUUACUUCAAGAAGGGCAGCCUGAAUUGACAAAUGAUGAAGAAAUGGCAGCUCAAGCUGCUGCUGAAUCUCAAUUUGAUGCUUUGUUUGGAAACUCUAAUGAUUUUGAUAGUAAUAUUAGCCACCAUGAUCAUAUGGGCGGGGACAGUAAUGGUAUUAUUGAUGAUAAUCACCACAGCAGUGUAAACGACCACGAUGGUUUAUUCAACAAUUUAGGAAAUGGUAAUCAUUUGCUAGAUGAUGAUAAUGAUGGCUUGAAUGAUUUAGGUGAACUAUUUGAUGAUCAACAAGAGGACAGCAAUGUUAUCAACACUAAGAAGCAUAAGCUAGAUGACGAUAGCAACAACGAUGGCAAGACUGCUCAAGAAGAUCAAAAAGAGAAAGAAAAUAAACGACAAUUGAAACGGCAAAAACUACAAAAGAUUGUUAAACAUCUUGAGAAGGAACAAAUCAAACGAAAUAUAAAAUAUUAUUUCCCUACUUAUUCAAGACAUAGACCAUUUAAUUUCCACAAAUUUUUUUCACCAAGUCCUCAGUAUUACCGUUAUCAAAGACCAGCAAUUGCCUUGUCGAAAAAUAUAAAACCAUUAAUACCUACAAAAGUAAAUCUUGAAAUCGAGGUUGAUCAAAAGAAAAUUUUCAAAUUAAGAAGUGCUGAUACUGCAUCGUUGUCACACGAAGACAAAAAUGUCACCAAUAUUACUCAAGAUGACUUGGAUUUUAUCAAAAAUUUAGAAAGCAAAAGAUCUUCUAUUGAUUCGUUUAUUAAAGAAAUUGAUUACGUUAAACGUGAUUGGACUAAUUGCGACAAGUUUGAUCAUUAUUCGAAAGAUUUAGUUCUAUCUACCACUGAUUGGGAUGAUGAUGCUAUUAUAAAUGCUGGAGACAAUGAGUACUCUAUUGUGAAGCCAAUCAAUGAGCUUUUGCUCAACAAUCCCUUGGACAAUAGUAAACAGAAUAGACAAAAAAUCGAGAAUGACAAUACUACCAACAACUAUAACCAAAACAAUAGUAAUGUCCAAGAUGAGGAGGAGGAUGAUGAUAUCUUCAAUGGACAAAUAAACUUGGAUAAAUUGAAACUUGAUAUGAAUGAUCCUAACUUGUUAUUUGUUCCUAGUAAAAAAGUCGAUGCUACCAAAUCAGUGGUUCCAAGUACAGAUAAAUUAUUAGAAUUAAAGUUCAACAUAUCUAACGAUCAAGAGUAUGAAUUAUUGAGAAAGAAUUACAACACCAAACAAAGAUCUCAAUUGAGUAAUCUUAAUAUUGAACAUUCAGUUCCCGCAUUGCGAUUACAGACACCUUAUUAUAAAGUCAAACUUAGCACAGAUGAAACGAGAUCAUUCCAUCGACCAGUGUUUAAUGUCAGACCUGGUACAUUGGUGAACUUUUCUAAAUUGAAGUUGCGGAAGCGGAAAAAAGACAAGGGGAAAUCUUUGCAACAGAUUUUUUCCAAAACUAGUGACUUGACAGUUGCUGAUACUGGUAAUAUAAUUGCCUUAGAGUAUUCCGAACAGUAUCCACCAAUUUUAUCGAAUUUCGGGAUGGGGUCGAAAUUGAUCAACUAUUAUCGUAAAGAAAGACCAAACGACACUUCACGUCCCAAGGCUCAAAUUGGGGAAACUCAUAUUUUGGGGGUGGAGGAUAGAUCCCCAUUUUGGAAUUUCGGUGAAGUUGCUCCUGGAGAUUUUGUUCCCACAUUGUAUAAUAAUAUGGUAAGAGCACCAAUUUUCAAGCAUGACAACAAACCAACUGAUUUUCUAUUGGUUAAAUCUCAAGGGGCUGGAUCGCACCAAAAAUUUUAUUUGCGAGGGAUCAAUUUCAACUUUGCUGUUGGUAACACAUUCCCAGUUGAAGUUCCAGCUCCUCACUCGAGAAAAGUGACAAAUAUCUCAAAAAAUAGGUUGAAAAUGGUAGUUUUCAGAGUGAUGAAUAGCUUAGGAGUGCCUCGUAUUUCUGUGAAAGAUGUUUCCAAACAUUUUCCUGAGCAUAGCGAUAUGCAAAAUCGACAAAGAUUGAAAGAAUUUAUGGAAUACCAAAGACAAGGUGAGGACCAAGGGUAUUGGAAAGUAAGAGGAUUAAACGAUGUAAUUCCAGGAGAAGAGGAAAUUCGAACUAUGAUUACACCAGAAGAUUCUUCAUUGAUGGACACAAUGCAAUUUGGACAGCAAGUACUAGAUGAUAAUAUGGUGUUAUUCGGUGAGCAGAGCAGACAAGAAUCAUCUAGAAGUAGAAAAGGUGAUAAAAGAGAGGAUUCCAUUGCGGAUGAUGCAGAAAAUGGAGAUGAUAUAAAUAAGGAUAAAGAGAAAGAGGUUGAGAAAGAAAAGGAACAGGAAAGAGAAGAAGAGAAAGGGAAAGAUAAGGAAAAAGACAAGGACAAGGAAAAAGACAAAACCGAAAAGGAGAAAUCAAAGAAAUCAAAGGAGCAAGACACUGAAAUUGAUGUUGAAGAAGAAUUGGCACCAUGGAACUUAUCGAGAAAUUUUGUUAUCGCCAAUCAGACAAAGACAAUGCUACAAUUGAAUGGUGAAGGUGAUCCAACUGGAAUUGGGUUAGGAUUUUCCAUGUUGAGGGCUACACAAAAGAACCCAUUCAAACCGUUAUUUACCCCACCACCAGAAAAUGUCCCUAAAAGUAAUGCUGCAGCCCAUAAUCAAAAGUUGUACGAACAAGAGAUAAAAAGAAUAUGGUACUCUCAAAGAAGCUCUUUAGUUGAUCAUGGGGAAGGAACUGAAUCAAAGUUGCAACAGAUCUAUAAUGAGUACCCGCCAGCAGAUCAUGAAUUGUAUUUGAAAAACAAACUUGAACAAGACCAACAGGUACAACAACAACAAGAUCCUCUGCUUCAGGCUGAUCAGCAACAGCAACAGCAACAGCAACAGAAUCGAGUUUUGAGGAUUACUAGAAGAGUGCGAGAUGAAAAUGGAAUAGUGCAUAGAAAAGUUGAAUUUAUUCAUGAUCCAAGAUUAAUUAGAGCAUAUGUUAAGCGUAAGAAACAAAUUGAAGAUGAGUUAUUGAAGAAUGCUGAUGUUGAUGAAAUAUUACCUACUAACGAUAAGGAGUUAAACAAAAUCCGUCGUAAAGCAUUGGAAGAAAAGUUGGCUAAUUUGGAGAAACGGGCAAAACAAAGCCGGGCCAAAAAACCACCAAAGGAUCUGAUCCAUGCAGCAGCUGCUGCGGGGGCAACAAUUAUAGAUGCUAAUACUGUGAUGUUACCAGAUGGAUCGUAUGUUAUUGGUGGUAAGGGUAUUGGUAAGGGGAAAAGUCGAACUCGUCGUUGUAAAAAUUGUGGAGCUUAUGGACACAUUCGUACUAAUGCAAAAUGUCCCUUAUAUAAGAAAAUGGUGCUUGGAAUCGAUGAUGAUUCAGCGGCAGUUGUUGGCUCGACACCAGCAGUUAGUGCAGGUGACGUUAUUGGAGAAACAACCACAUCUACCGCAGUAACUCUUGAUACACAGCGUAUCGAGGAACAGAAUCUGGCUGAAGCGUGA